UGAUAAUUUUAAGCCACACCUGUUUGGUCAUCAUGUUUUUCUUGUACGUAGUUGGUCUGCUGAGUGGUUCUUCGAUUAUUAUGGCACAAGAUGUAGAAACAGUUUUAGCAGAGAAAAAUCUAGAAGGUUACCCAUCAUCCCUGCUUUUUGAUACAGUGUCUGCAAAAACAAAUGAAGUAGGGACACUGGACAAAUCUAAAGUAUCCGCUCUGCUGGAGUCAAAGGAAGUUCAAGAAGCUCUUACUAAGUCAGCUCUUGAAUACUCAGCAAAGGUCCUGAACCAAUCAGUGAAGGCUAGAUACCUUAUGAGUGACCCAGGCCUAUGUGAAUACUCUUGGGUCUCUUGGCUUCCGUGGAUGGGUUGUGAUACUCCAGAGGUGAAAGAAGCUCCUUCUUCAUCUCUCCCAUUGAUUAUGGAGUCUUCAUACAGCUGUUACGCUCCAUAAAUGAAACUAUUGUAGCAUCCAAUAA